AUAAAUCCGCGCGCUGCCUCCGCCCUCGCGGACUGCGGCCUCUGCGGAGCCGGGCCUGCGUUCGCCUCCUCGGCCCCAGCAGCAGCCCGGCCGCGCGGCCUCCGCCCCCGAGAAGCGCUCUCCGCGGCAGCCCCAUGUCCGCCGCCCCCGCCUACGGCGAAGACAAGGGCGGCUCCGCCGGCCCCGGGGAGCCCGAGUACGGCCACGACCCCCGACUCCUGCAGCUCCCGGGGGCCGUGGGCAGGCCAGGGGGCAGAGGGGCCUGUGGGGCUGAGCAGGAGGCCGCCAGCCCUGUGCUGGGCCCCGAGGGCGGGCCCCCACCCUGGUACCAGGCCUUGCAGCCUGAGGAGCUUCGCCGGCUGCAGGCUCCAGAGGAAGACGGGGCCCCAGAAGCGUCUCUGGAAGGGUCUUGCCCAGAGCCUGGCCAGAGCCAGAGCCAGAGCCAGCUGCUGAGGCAUGAUGACCUGAAAGAGAUGCUGGACACCAACAAAGAUUCCCUCAAGCUGGAGGCCAUGAAGAGGAUCGUGGCUAUGAUCGCCAGGGGAAAGAACGCCUCAGACCUGUUUCCCGCCGUGGUGAAGAACGUGGCCUGUAAGAACAUAGAGGUGAAGAAGCUGGUGUACGUGUACCUGGUCCGCUACGCCGAAGAGCAGCAGGACCUGGCCCUGCUGUCCAUCUCCACCUUCCAGCGCGGCCUCAAGGACCCCAACCAGCUGAUUCGGGCCAGUGCCCUCCGCGUCCUAUCUAGCAUCCGGGUGCCCAUCAUCGUGCCCAUCAUGAUGCUGGCCAUCAAGGAAGCUGCCUCCGACAUGUCACCCUAUGUACGGAAAACAGCUGCUCAUGCCAUCCCUAAACUCUACAGUUUGGAUUCGGACCAGAAGGACCAGCUGAUCGAGGUCAUUGAGAAACUUCUGGCAGACAAGACCACGCUGGUGGCGGGCAGUGUGGUGAUGGCCUUCGAGGAGGUCUGCCCCGAGCGCAUCGACCUGAUUCACAAGAACUACCGCAAACUCUGUAACCUGCUCAUCGACGUGGAGGAGUGGGGGCAGGUGGUCAUCAUCAGCAUGCUCACCCGCUACGCGCGCACGCAGUUCCUGAGCCCCACCCAGAACGAAUCUCUGCUGGAGGAGAACCCGGAGAAAGCCUUCUACGGCUCGGAAGAGGACGAGACCAAGGGCCAGGGCUCGGAGGAGGCGGCCACCGCGACGCUGCCCGCCCGCAAGCCCUACGUCAUGGACCCCGACCACCGGCUGCUACUGCGCAACACGAAGCCGCUGCUGCAGAGCCGCAGCGCCGCGGUGGUCAUGGCGGUGGCGCAGCUCUACUUCCACCUGGCACCCAAGGCGGAGGUGGGCGUCAUCGCCAAGGCGCUCGUGCGACUGCUGCGCAGCCACAGUGAGGUGCAGUACGUGGUGCUCCAGAACGUGGCCACCAUGUCCAUCAAGCGCCGGGGGAUGUUUGAGCCCUACCUGAAGAGCUUCUACAUCAGAUCCACCGACCCCACCCAGAUCAAGAUCCUGAAGCUGGAAGUGUUGACCAACCUGGCCAAUGAGACCAACAUCCCUACCGUCCUACGGGAAUUCCAGACCUACAUCCGCAGCAUGGACAAGGACUUUGUAGCCGCCACGAUCCAGGCCAUUGGACGCUGUGCGACUAACAUCGGCCGAGUCCGUGACACCUGCCUCAACGGCCUGGUGCAGCUGCUGUCCAACCGCGACGAGCUGGUGGUCGCGGAGUCGGUGGUCGUCAUUAAGAAGCUGCUGCAGAUGCAGCCCGCGCAGCACGGGGAGAUCAUCAAGCACCUGGCGAAGCUCACGGACAACAUCCAGGUGCCCAUGGCCCGGGCCAGCAUCCUGUGGCUCAUUGGCGAGUACUGUGAGCACGUCCCCAAGAUUGCGCCUGACGUCCUGAGAAAAAUGGCCAAGUCCUUCACGGCAGAGGAGGACAUUGUCAAGCUGCAGGUCAUCAACCUGGCAGCCAAGCUCUACCUGACCAACUCUAAGCAGACCAAGCUCCUGACCCAGUAUGUGCUGAGUCUGGCCAAGUACGACCAGAACUACGACAUCCGUGACCGAGCGCGUUUCACCCGGCAGCUGAUCGUCCCCUCGGAGCAGGGCGGGGCCCUGAGCCGCCACGCCAAGAAGCUCUUCCUGGCACCCAAACCAGCACCAGUGCUGGAGUCAUCCUUCAAAGACCGGGACCACUUCCAGCUGGGCUCACUGUCCCACCUGCUCAAUGCCAAGGCCACAGGCUACCAGGAGCUCCCAGACUGGCCAGAGGAGGCUCCAGACCCAUCUGUGCGAAAUGUGGAGGUACCAGAAUGGACCAAGUGCUCCAAUCGAGAGAAGAGGAAGGAGAAGGAGAAACCCUUCUAUUCUGACUCAGAGGGGGAGUCAGGCCCCACAGAGUCUGCAGACAGUGAUCCCGAGUCCGAGAGUGCCUCGGACAGUAAGAGCAGCAGCGAGAGCGGCUCCGGGGCGUCCAGCAGUGAGUCUGAUAGUGAAGACCAGGAGGAGGAGAAAGGGAGGAGCAGCGAGAGUGAACAGAGUGAGGAGGAGGGUGAGAAGAGGAAGAUGAAGAAGAGGAAGAAGGUGCCUGAGGGACCUGAGGGAGAAGGUUCAUCCUCAGAGGAGGACAGCGAUUCCAGCAGCGGCUCAUCAGAGUCGGAGAGAACAUCAGAGACGGAGGAGGAGCAGGCAGAACCUGCCUCUUGGAGGAAAAAAACACCUCCCAGUGGCAAGAGUGCCCCGGUAGCCAAGGAGAUCUCUCUGCUUGACCUAGAGGAUUUCACCCCUCCCAGUGUCCAGCCUGUAUCUACCCCCACAAUCGUGUCCACCAGUCUGGCUACUGACCUGGAGGGCCUGACGCUCACAGACUCCCCACUGGUGCCCUCGCUGCUGAGUCCAGUGUCAGGCGUUGGGAGGCAGGAGCUGCUCCACCGUGUAGCCGGCGAGGGGCUGGCUGUGGACUACACCUUCAGUCGCCAGCCUUUCUCUGGGGACCCCCAUAUGGUAUCUGUGCACAUCCACUUCUCCAACAGCUCUGAGACCCCCAUCAAGGGCCUGCACAUAGGCACCCCCAAACUGCCUGCUGGCAUCAGCAUCCAGGAGUUUCCUGAAAUCGAGUCCCUGGCACCUGGAGAAUCUGUCACUGCUGUGAUGGGCAUUAAUUUCUGUGAUUCAACCCAGGCAGCCAAUUUCCAGCUGUGCACCCAAACCCGGCAGUUCUACGUCUCCAUUCAGCCACCCGUUGGGGAGCUGAUGGCUCCUGUGUUCAUGAGCGAGAAUGAGUUCAAGAAGGAACAGGGGAAGCUGACAGGCAUGAGUGAGAUCACAGAGAAGCUCACACUGCCGGACGCCUGUCGGAGUGACCACAUCGUGGUGCAGAAAGUGACUGCCAUCGCCAACCUGGGUCGUGUCCCUUGUGGGACAUCUGAUGAGUACAGAUUUGCGGGGAGGACGCUGACCAGCGGGAGCCUGGUCCUGCUGACCCUGGACGCCCGGCCCACCGGGGCCGCGCAGCUGACCGUCAACAGUGAGAAGAUGGUGAUCGGCACCAUGCUGGUGAAGGACGUGGUGCAGGCUCUGACCCAGUGAUCCCGAGGGCUGGGACCUCUCCGACCCCUGCUUCUCUCUCCCUCACGACACGUGGGCUGUCAGCCACCUCUCAUUCCUCGCUCUCUCAUAGCAGAUCCUCAUGCCAGAUAGCUUCCAGGGGGCCACCUGCCCUCUGUCAUUUCCAGGCUCCCCGCAGCGGCCUCCCUGUGGGUCCCCCGGCGGCCUGUGCGGGGGGAGCCUCCCUUCCGUCUUCCCGGCUUCCUGUAGCUAUUUCUGCAGCAACGUCCCAAUAAAAUGUCUUCUCCCCACA